AUGAAGUCGCGUUUAAGAGUUUGCUUUCCGAAUUACUGGAUUAUAUUUGCCCUGGGUGUGCUGCUGCCUGCAGUUACUGAGGCAGAGACUGACACCUUUGGACCACGCCACAUCACGCUGAUGACCGGCAAUCCCGCUCCGGCUCCAGCUCCACCACCACCACCAUCACCACCGCAUGAAGUGAUCAUCACCCCGGACCACGAUCAUCACGAUCAUCAUCACCAUCAUUCGCCAUAUCCGCCGCAUGGCUAUCCGUAUCCACAGCCGUCUCAUCAUUGCAAUUGCCCUCCGGGACCACCAGGGCCACCAGGAGCACCUGGGCCAGUGGGUCCACCAGGCUUCAAAGGGUAUCCAGGAAUGAAGGGUUCCAAGGGAGAUCCAGGGCCAAAAGGACAUCCAGGCGCUAAGGGCUAUCCCGGUUUUCAAGGCCCAGUUGGCCCAGUUGGCCCAGUUGGUCCAGUUGGCCCCCCCGGCCCACCAGGUUACCCAGGCUGGCAUUCAUAUCGAGCCUACUAUCCAGGAGCUCCUUCCCAUGGACAUCACGGGGAUUACGGACAGCAUCAUGGACACCAUGGUGAUUAUGGACACCAUCGUUACUUUUCGAAUGAACAGUCCAAUGAUGAGUCCAAUGAAGACGACGACGAGGACGAGGGCCUUGAGCGAGCUUUUGUGGAAGUAGAAGAGAAGUGGAUUGGUCGGGACCAGCAGCCCAUUCUCUUGGCAUUCAGUCAUGUGGGAAAUCCAUUUGCCACAAAGUCAAAUAAAAAACUAAAUUAA